GUACCGUCUGGCGCGCCUUCUCUCUGCAGUGACAAAAACGCAGCAGCAGCAGCAGCUCUGAUCUCUGCCUUCUUAUUUUCUGUUAAAUACUGCCAGCUGCAACUUUUGUCACCUCACAGCUGCCGGUGGUUCCUUCUCACACACGAGCUCAUUAAAAGUCAAGAGAGACGUUUGGAUGAUGUCAUAUCCGUGAACAAGGAUCCCUUUGACCAAACCGCAGCUCGGCUUUUCGCAGCUUGCGUGCCCACAAACUUUUUUCCUCCUUGCAGUGACGAGGUUUCUCCCCGCUGUCCAUAUGGCGUGCGUAACGGGGAGCAGUGGAUGGAUGUGCCCCCCUCUUCUACGGGAAGCCGCGGUUGUUACCAGAGCGUAGUGGACGUGGUGGCCUGAGCACUCAAACAAAAACUUGCGUGAUUUUUUUCUUCUUCUUCUUCUUGUGGGCGCGGAGGAGGUGGAGGAGGGAAACGUUGUAGCAGCCGACAGAAUGUGGUCGCUGUCCGUGGUCCUGAAUCCGCUGCUGUUUCUGCUGCUGUUCGGAUACUGCCCUACGGUGACCAUCAGGCCAAAGGAAGGGUGGCAGGUGUACAGCUCGGCUCAGGAUGCAGAUGGGCGUUGCAUCUGCACAGUGGUGGCUCCUGAACAGAAUCUCUGCUCCAGAGAUGCCAAAGGCAGGCAGCUCCGCCAGCUCCUGGAGAAGGUGCAGAACAUGUCACAGUCAAUCGAGGUGCUGAACCUGCGGACGCAGAGGGACUUUCAGUAUAUCAUGAGAAUGGAGAGCCAGAUCAAAGGACUGCGGUCAAAGUUCCGGCAGAUCGAAGCGGAUAGGAAGACGCUCGUCAACAAAAACUUUCAGGAGCUAAAGGGAAAGAUGGAAUCCUUGCAGCCGCUGAUUCCAGUCCUGGAGCAGUACAAGACAGAUGCCAAGCUCAUCUCACAGUUCAAAGAGGAGAUCAGAAACCUGUCUGGUGUGUUGAUGGGCAUUCAGGAGGAGAUGGGGGCCUAUGACUAUGAGGAGUUGCAACAAAGGGUCCUAAACCUGGAAAAUAGGCUUCGGAACUGUAUGAGUAAACUCACAUGUGGCAAGCUUAUGAAGAUUACUGGACCACUGACGGUGAAAACUUCGGGCACCAGAUUCGGAGCUUGGAUGACCGACCCGCAGGCGUCUCCCAAAAACAACAGGGUGUGGUACAUGGACAGCUACACCAACAACAAGAUAGUAAAAGAGUUUAAGUCCAUCACUGAUUUUGUCGCAGGAGUUGAAUCCAGAACCUACAAUCUGCCUUUCAAAUGGGCUGGAACAAACCACGUAGUAUACAAUGGCUCUUUGUACUACAACAAAAUGCAGAGCAACAUCAUCGUGAGGUACAGCUUUGAGACAGGUCGCGUGGUCACGCAGAGGGCUUUGGAGUCGGCAGGCUUCCACAAUGUGUACCCCUACACCUGGGGAGGCUUCUCAGACAUUGACCUGAUGGCAGACGAGCUGGGACUGUGGGCCGUGUAUGCAACCAACCAAAAUGCUGGCAACAUUGUCAUCAGCCAGCUGAAUCCAGACACGCUCCAGAUCAUCAACACAUGGAACACAGAAUAUUCAAAGAGGAAUGCCGGAGAGUCUUUUAUGAUCUGUGGGACUCUAUACAUCACUAAUUCCCACCUGACCGGAGCCAAGGUGUACUAUGCCUACUCCACUAAAACCUCCACUUAUGAGUAUACAGACAUACCCUUUCAUAACCAGUAUUUCCACAUGUCUAUGUUGGACUACAAUGCCAGGGACCGUGCUCUCUACGGCUGGAACAAUGGCCACCAGGUCCUGUUUAACGUUACACUUUUCCACAUCAUUAAAACUGAGGAUGACUCUUAGAGGCGGGGAGCGUACUGUACGCAUAAAAGAUUAAAAUAUGGAAAUUUAAAGGCUGUGCCUGAAUGUCAACAUAAAUGUUAUUUAUUUAUUAAAUUAUUAAAUUCUCCUAAUAAGCUUUGCCUUUUUUCUUGCAUUUAUUUACUGACAUGAAGCUGUUUACCUGUUUUUUCAGAGUUAAUUGAGUAAGAUAUUAUCUAAUUGAAAAUGUCACACUGCCUAUAAAAUAAAUGACAGCACAAAAUGAACAAAUUUAGUGCAUUAUGAAGCAUCCUGAAAACAUUUUGGAUUCAAUAAUGGCACUUGAAACUCUGAAACACUUAACAAUGAACUUAAAGUAAUUUCUCAUGCCCUUUUCACUCCGAAAUGAAAGCUUUUCCAAAAUGAAGUCUUCAUAUUUAUAAUGGUUUUCUCCGUUCAGUAUUACAUUUAUUCAGGCCCUCUAAUUUAUUCAUUUUUGACUGUGUUCGUUAAUUGUUCAUUUUGUUUCCAUUCUUUCUUUGCCAUUUAUUCAUCAUGAUCUGCUAAUUUAUUCCUGUUUUUCACUGCCUGCAUUUCGCUUUCAGUUGGUCUUUGUACUUUUACUUUAAAACUUUUGCACUUGACCUCGUUCAAGACAAUGAGAAAUGUGGUGAACCAUAAUGCACCUGUACAGUUAAUGUUGGCUUUUUUUUAGCUAAUACUGGCUUUUUUGUGUCUAUGAAAAUCCUCAGACAUUCAGGUCUUAUGACAUCUUGAAGUACUAAGUCAAAGUACUUAACGCAACCCAAAGUCUAGUUGCCUUUAACUUAGUACUCUGAGACAGCAGCUUUUUGUAACUUCAGCAACAGUUUGUAUGCCUUAUUCAGUGCAGUAUAUUCUGUGAGCCCGAUGGUAACAGCUCUCACGCAUGAAUGCUGGUUGUCGUAAAAGCAUUCUUACUGUAACAGUUUGUGUAUUUUGCAUUUGCAAAACGCUCCAUUCUCCUCUCUGACUAUGUUAAUGGUAAAUGGUAAAUGGCCUGUAUUUGUAUAGCGCUUUACUAGUCCCUGGUAAAGAACCAUUUAUACAGAAGUAGAAAACUUUAACAAGGAUUCAUGUGUGUAAAUAAAAAGUUAUACAUAACCCAAAUAAAGUAUUGUUUUCAUUAAGUCAUAGUUCUGUGCAUUUCCUUUUCUGCUGUAAGGGUUUGAUUGUUUCUUCUUUAUUCCCUACACCACUGUACUCAUUUAAAAUCACUGUAUUCUUGAUAAGAGCUUUGUAACUUUACUGUUACUUGAAUACUUCAUAAGCAACAGGGCAACAUGUUUGAGCUGUAAAUAUCACUUUGUACUUGGUGGCAACAGCUUGCAAAAGCUUCACGGUCUGAAUUGUAUCCGGACUUUAGUGGUUCUAUAAACUGAAAAACUCCCAUUUUUCAUGAGUGACAUCCAUGUGUUGUAUACUAUGUUAUGUUAGACCUUUGUGCAAUACUAUAUGUCUGAUCACUUUAGCUGUCAACAAAAUCAUAGUAUGGUAUGUCUGUGUCUAUAAAGAAUAUAGUUUAAUGUUCACAGUGGACUUUCUUGGGAGUUAUUAAAGAAGAAAUAAAACUAAAUAAAUACAAAUAUC